AAAAUAUACAAUUUUAUCAUGCCAGACUGAGCUUGCCCACUAAAAGCAAGAGAAUAUAUGCAUAUUUAUCACUACAUCUUCUCAAACUCUCUUUCUCUUCUGUAAAUUCUUCAAUCCUGCCUUCCGGUCAGCUUCAGCCAUGUCUUUCAGAGGGACAAAUGCAUCAUCUGGCAUGGGGGUUGCUGAUCAUAGCAAAAGCACAUAUGUGGAAUUGCAGAGGAGGAAGGUGCACCGAUAUGUGAUCUUUAAGAUCGAUGAGAAGAAGAAAGAAGUGGUGGUUGAGAAGACCGGAAGCCCAGCAGAUAACUAUGAUGAUUUCACUGCUUCUCUCCCUGAGAGUGAUUGCCGCUAUGCAAUUUAUGACUUUGAUUUUGUAACUUCUGAGAACUGCCAGAAGAGCAAAAUCUUUUUCAUUGCAUGGUCUCCUGCGGUGUCUCGCAUCCGUUCGAAGAUGCUGUAUGCCACAUCAAAGGACCGAUUCAGGCGGGAGCUGCAGGGGAUCCAUUACGAGAUUCAGGCUACAGACUCAACCGAGAUGGAACUUGAUGUGCUGAGAGAACGUGCAAACUGAAAGUGGUAUUUCUGAAAUGGUCAAUGUUAUUAUGUUAAUUUAGUAUGUAUGCCUAUUAUUUGGUACAAAGUGGUUAUUGCUUAAGCCCGUAAAUAAUUUGGAACCUAGGAAGGCUGAUGAGGAUCCACUAAAUCCCCCUGAGGGUUGGUUAGGGUUUCUUCUUUGUCAUGAUGCUUCCAAGGCUGUACACUUUUACUACUUUUGGUCAUGGUUCUAUGGAUACAACUGAGUUGAUGUUCUACUAAUUACUAAUAUGAUCUGUUUUAUGUUGCUCUA